GCGGCCGCCUUAUACUUUACCAUCAUGUCGCUUCAUUUAGAAGACGAGAUCAAUCAGCAGUAUGGCAACAAGCAACGGGUUAACGCGCUGGAUGCAAAGAAGAAUCCCCUCCUCAUAUCCAUCCUGGAUGCUGUGGAUACGCUCAAGAACAUGGAGACACAGGGCAAGCUGCCACAUGAUGCAAUCACAAAUGCCAAGGGGCUACUCACUAUGUUGACCAACAAGGUCGGCUUUGGUGUUUCAGUGACUCAGGGCUACGGUCUGUUGGUGGCGCGUUUGCCGAACAGCCCGACAGGCUGGUCGGCUCCGCUGCCCAUCAAGGUGGACGGCUUCAGUGUGGGCGCUGUCAUGGGUUACAGCGAGCAGCACACAGUCAUCAGUCUGGCAACGGAUGCGGAUAUCCAAGCUUUCCUCAAGGAUAAACGUGCGAUGAAGAUCGGUCUGGACUUUGGGCUGAACCUUGGUGAUAAGGUGGACAAGUCAGCGGCACUGAACACGCAGACGGGCCAGACGGACUCGGCUAGCGGCGCCAAGACGCGCUGCUUCACACUCUCCAAGGGCGUGAUGUUGGAUGUCUCUAUGCAAGGCACCAGUGUGGAGCCUGACCUGGAGGAUAUCGCGAACUGCUACGGCCAGCACGUUAGCCCGGGCGACAUUCUCACCGGCAAGGUCUCUGCGCCGCGAUUCAUGAUCGGUCGGAUCCUUUUCAUGGCAGUGGUAUCCACCGAGCGGCGGGCAGCAUUGUCAAAGCGCAACGUAACAAACAGCACCGAAGCCCGUGCAGCCUGA